CCCAACAAAAGAUGAUGCAAAAAAGCAAAGAUGAUGUGCAAUCCCUCAAACCGAGGUCAUUCUGGAGACUCCUCGAUAUGACUACUCAUGUCUCUAAUCCGUCUGCACAUGAAACUUUGCGGCAUAGCCAACACGAUUCUGGACAGGCUUGCGACGAAACCCGUCCUCAUGGUCUUCAUCCCGCGAACCUAUGCAAGACAACUGAAGGAGGCAACUUGCGGAAUCUAGCAAUCCCCCAGGUCCAGUCGUGGCCGGCAGCCAAUCAUUAUCGAGAACUGUAGAAUAUGUGACCUAGCCCUGCAGCACAUUUCGCCAUGUCAUGUUCACGUACCCUCACCAAUGGGGGUAUCCGCAGGCCCUGCGAUGCGUGCUCGGUGCGGGACACUACGGCGUCGUCAUGGUACGGAACCACCACCCCCGCAAACGCCGUCUGGCUUGCGUGAGGCUUCCUCAUUCAUUGUGUCAGGCCGUCGUGUGUUGACCAAACGAAGCAAGUCGACCAAGAACAUUGGCUCGGAGAAAUCUAAGCUUCCAAUCCUGUCUUUGAAAAUUGGAAGCGGGUGGCUUGUCCAACCAACUGAGAACUCUUUUCUGCGUCUGCAUGAUGGGGCGCGAGAGGCUCAACAGGCGACUUUCGCGCGGGAAGACAGUCAAGAAGGAGACCUGCCAUGCUUUUGAGGGGCAAUUCGAAGUGGCCGCCGAACCGCUUGCUUAAGGGUUUGGGCACCGAGUGUAUAUGACAGUGCAGUGUCAGCCCAUCAUGAGCUACUAGUUGGCGAAACAGUUGAUGGUUGAGCGGUAUCCGGAUAACCUUUCCAGCCCUGACACAGUCCAACUGGUCAUGCCGGUGUGUGAAGCGCCGGAAGUUCGGCCGAAACUUGAGGAGUGCGCAUCCCAGGCACCGGAACUAGAUGAACCGCCCGUCGGCAAUCAGUGGGUAAGGGCCGGUUUCUGCCCCGGAUCACUCGCGGCCCCGGAUCAGAAUGUCGGAACGGAUAGCCAAGUACGUUAUCCCUAAGAAUCCCGGUAGGCCCGGUGCUGAAGAGUCCUUCACGCACUCCAUU